GUCCGGGCCUUGGCGUAUCGGAAACAACCAAUCCCCACUCUUAAUGGUGGUGGUGGGUCCUGCACGUCCGGGGCAAUUGACAUGGAUAGAGUGAGGCAGUGAGGAGAGGGUGGGGGACUAGCUUUAAUAUAUCCCCUCGAAGUAGAAGAAACAACAACAAGCACCAUGGAUUGGCGUUUCCGGCAUAGCCGCUACCGCUUCGCUUCUGCUAUGAGCAGCAUUGUGAACAAGUACAACUUUGCCUUUGAAGACGAUGUACUUGUCUCUAUCAACUCAUUGAUUUAUCAGACAGAGGAUGGACCAAGAGUUUGGGGAGAAGAGUCAGAUGAUGAAAUUUUAGAUGUGACUUAUGAGAACAGUAUAGAAUGCCAAGAAAACACAGUACAAAAGCAGAAUUCUGAUUUUGAAGAAGACUUAACAGAUGAUCAGACAUUUGAGGAAAGUCACUUCUCCAACUUACAUGAAGAGAGUCAACUCAGUCCAGAUAGCAAAGGGAAGGCUGAGUUGGCGUCUCUUAAAUAUCAGUUGGCCAAUGUACAUAUCAAGGAGAACUUCCCACUUGAACGCCCUUUUGGAACACCUGCGAAGAAUAAAUACAAACUGGAAAUGGACGUUCUAUUGAAAGAUUAUGCCUUUUCUGUUCCAGCAAUGUUUACGGAUACAAAACCAAGAAACAUUGGUCAGUUGUCUCCUUUGUGGCAAAGGAGGAAAUUGGAAAACAAAUCCUUAAUCGGCCGUGAUACAAUCCAGAAGAAGCAGCUGUCACCUGUAUCACCGACAUCUCCAGAACUGUCCAUUUCUACUGCUUCACAGUCAGUGAAUGGGACAAUUGUGCCUAAAAAUCAAUCCUCUCUUAAUAAUGGAACUGGCCAUAGUAGCUUUUUAGAAAUGUAUGAAUCUGCAGAUGAAAACUGUUCAUGGAAUAAUGUCACAAUGGCAGACUUGUAUCCAGGAAUGGUAAAAACUUUUACUAGACUAUUGGAUAAAUCGUUUUCCAAUUCAUUAAUCAAGCAAUACAAAUAUGGAUGCUGCCAUUCUAAAAAGGCAAAAUUUAAUACCAACAAAGAGAAAAUAAGAAAGUCCAGAGUACUAAAACUGACACCUGGCUUCAUUACCAAAAAUGCUGAAAAAAAGAAAUUAUCUAUGGGAAGUAAUGGUGACAAUAGUCCUUUUUACAAUUCAAAGCGUCAGAUGCAGUGUUCUGAAAACAGCAUUUACAGAAUAGAACCUACUGUAUCUCAGAACUCAAACAGAAUGGUAGUAGACUGUUCUGGUAUUAUAGAAGAUUAUUCAUACAGGCAAAGAACUAGAAAAAGUGUUACAGAGGAAACUGUUUGUCCUAGAACUCUUUGUGCAAACGAAACAUUUUUGGUCAAAAAUACAACUUGUUCCCCUUUAUCUUCAGACAGUGUAAAAAAGAAUCAAAGUUUUGGAGAUACAUUUUGCACUGUAGAUUUAGACACAUUUAAUACAAAAGCAGAAAGUGAAACUGAAGAACUGAGUACAAUGGCAUUCAAAACUACCUCAAGUUUAAGUUUGUCUUCGAAUGGCAGUACAAACUCCAUUUUACAAAGAAACAAGUCUCCAGUGAAAACCUCUAAUGGACUCAAAAAUCAUGAAAUUAAAACUUUCACUGCCACUGUUUCACUACCACGAAGUCAUUCUUUUUCAUCCUUUCAUGCUAACCAACGUCCCAUUUCUUAUAAACAGAAAUAUGAAGAUGCUUUUGAAAAAAUAUAUAAGGAAUUAUGUUCUCCAAAGUUGCAGAAGACAUUUAAGUUUUCAAAUAUAUACUCAAGCCCUAGAAACUCUGCAGAUGUACACACUUCUGGUUUAGAUACUCUGUCCUCAAAUUUCCAUAAAAAGACAAAGAGUACAAUUGAAGAUAUGUACCAGAAAUUAUGUUCUGAAGGCUUUCCCAAAUUUCCAACAUUUCUAAGAGCAGCAAACUUAAAAAAAUACGAAGGAAUGCAAAUAUCUGAAACUGUAAAUGCCCUUGUUAAUUCUCCAAUAAGAACUCUGCCUGCUGUUGCCAGAAUUAAAAGAGCGGCUCAUUUUUGUAAUGAAGAUUCUCAGUAUUCGCCUUUAAAAAGGUUAAAAAAUAAAUCUGAUCAUUCUUACAGAAUACAUAAGAAAUUACCUUACUGGGAAAACAUAAGUGAUACAACUUUCACAUUGUAUUCACCUGUUAAAAACAGUUCGGCAUCAAAUUCGAAUUACGGAGGUUCCGUUUCUUCAAGUCAUAGCUUUCUGGCCACUUCAAUUGCUGAUAUGGAAGAAUCUGAGAUUACAGGUAUGAAUGAAAAUAUUCCCAGGAGUUUGCACAGAUAUGAAUUUUCAAGAGAGUCACAGAAUUAUAUACCAAAGGUUUCCAGAAAGCUGAGCUAUAAUGAUGGGAGAAUCAGAAGAAGAAAACUCAUACAGAAUGAUUAUGAGGAAACAUUUCUGGAAGGAUUUGGAGAAGAAAAUGAUGUUUUUUAACAAAAUAUAUUUUAUUCCAGUAAUUUCUAGACAGAAUACAGAUUCAGUGGAAUAUUCCUGAACAAAGUGGGAAAAUAUUUUUUACCAGUUCUUUAAUUCAUCAGCUCUAACACGGGGCAGUAGACUUAAAAGACUGCAGUGAGAGAUAAAAACUACUGCUAUAGUUCAGCAUUAUGGGGAUAAUGGAGACUAUAUUUCUAAAAUUCAAUAGUUCAGCUAAUUGUUUUUUUCUUCUUCUUGGUAGUUUAUUUAGCUUAAGUGUCUAUAAGAAACAUCUUUUGUGGUCCUGGAUUUGUUUGAUCUGCACCUCUAGAAAGAAGUUAUAAUAAUCAAGAUGUAAAUGUGUUUUUAUAAAGCGCUUUUAAUAAGCUCAUGCUUUAGGAUAAAUCAAUUUCAUUGGUAAAGAGUAUAUUUGAAAAUAUCAUUUUUUUAAAUUUUUAUUUUAAUUAUACCUAAUAUUUGACACAUAUAUCUUCAUCUAAUAAAAAAUUUAAUAUGUUUGUAUUAUGACUGAGUUCGUUAUAAUCCUGCUACUGGGAUAUGUAAAACUGUUAAUUUCACCUAGGAUAAAUCUUUCCUUAUUUGCUUAUCAAUUUUCUAGGCUACCCGAGACAGAGCAUAGAAGUUUUUUUUUGGGGGGGGGACUAUAAAUUAAAAAUACAAUACAAUAGAUAAUGUUAUCUGGGGGGGGGACACAACAAAAAAAAAAUGUUGCCCACCAUUGGGUGUUCUCAGUCAUCAGAAAUGGGACCAACAAAAAAGGCUCAAUUCUAUAAGGCUAGCUUGUGAAGGAAAGUUAUUUCAAUCUUAUAUUUUUGCUUGAACUGGUCGGGUGAAAUGGGGAAUCUAUAUGCCAGGACAAAGUAAGGCUGAUGAUGUUACCUAGCUAGGGUAAUGAAAC